AUGAAUCGAGAUGAUGAAAUUCAAAGUCCACCGCCUAGUUAUGCUUCUCAUAUAAUAUCAGAUAUUGGAUCAUCAGCUCCAAUUCAAUUCUUAAAUAAUUUAAUCACUGAUGAAUCAGAUCAAAUUGAAAGAGUUGAACAUUUUAAAUAUAAGCAACAAUUAGAAAGAAAAUUAACAGUUACUUCGGUUAUUGGAUUAGGGUUUUCUGUCAUGGGUGUUCCUUUUGGUUUAUCAUCUACUUUAUGGAUCGGUUUAAUGGAUGGUGCUAAUGUUACUAUAUUAUAUGGUUGGCUUACCGUAUCUAUAUUUUCAUUAUUUGUUGUAUUGAGUUUAUCGGAAAUUAUAUCGAAAUUUCCUUCUGCGGGUGGCGUUUAUCAUUUCAGUGCAUUAUUAAGUAAUGAAAAAUAUGCAUCGGUUGCAUCUUGGUUCUGUGGAUGGUUAUUAAUUAUUGGAAAUUGGACAUAUGCUAUUUCGAUUAUGUUUUCAGGAUCACAAUUUAUACUAAGUAUAUUUGGAUUGAAGGAUGUACAGUAUAAAGAAGAUAGAUUUUGGGUUUUGGGUGUCUUUUACUUAUUGCUUGCAUUUAGUGGAUUUAUAAAUUUCAAAUUUUCAAAAUACUUGGAAAAGAUUAACAAAUUAUGUAUAUUAUGGACUAUCUAUGCUGUUUUGGUUAUUGAUUUUUUAUUAAUUUUCUUUGCAAAACGAACAAAUUCAAUCAAGACAAUUUUAACAACAUUUGAUAAUUCAAGAAGUGGUUGGCCUGAUCCAUUAGCUUUUUUAAUUGGUUUACAAAGUUCAAGUUUUUCAUUAACUGGUUAUGGAAUGUUAUUUUCAAUAACUGAUGAAGUUAAAAAUCCAGAAAAGAAUAUGCCAAAGGGUGCAAUAAGUGCAAUUUUAAUAGCUGCAGUUACUGGUUUUAUAUUUAUAAUUCCAAUAUUAACAAUCCUACCAGAGUUAGAGUUAUUACUUGAUAAUAAACCAAAUAUUAUGCCAAUUGAUUUAAUAUUCAAAAUUUCAACUGAAUCUUAUAUAAUUUCAUUUUUAAUGGCUUGUUUAUUGAUUGGUACUAUUAUAUUUCAAAGCAUUGGAUCUUUAACUACUGCUUCAAGAUCAACUUAUGCAUUGGCAAGAGAUAAUGGAUUACCAUAUAGUGAAAUAUUCACCGAAGUGAAUUCAAUUGAACAAUAUAUUAUACCAAGAAAUGCUUUAUUUUUAAGUAUGAUUGUAUGUGCUAUACUAGCAAUUUUAAGUUUAGUUUCAUCUAGUGCAUUUAAUGCAUUUAUGGGAGCUGCUGUUGGUUCAUUAGCACUAGCUAAUGGAAUACCUAUAUUUUGUUUAAUGAUGAAUAAAAGACAAAAGAUAAAGGGGUCUGUCUUUAAAUUGAAAAAACUAGGAUGGGUUAUUAAUUUUAUAAGUUUGUUUUGGAUAGUGCUUUCGAUUAUCAUACUUUGUAUGCCUCCAGUUAUAAAACAUUUAAAUUUUCAAAAUUUCAAUUAUGCCAUAUUUGUAAUGAUUUCAUUUUUGAUUAUGGUUGGUGUAAUUUAUAAAGUAUGGGGAUAUAAGAGUUUUACUGGUCCACAAAUAGAUACAGAUUAUUUUGAAUUAAAUAGUUUGGAAAAUUCAACAAGGAUAGAAGAUGCAGUACCGAAUGAGGAUGAAAUAGAUUCAUCAAAAAUAGAGGAAGCUGAUAAUGAGAGUGGAUUUAUAAUUGAACAAUCAAAGAAGAAGAAGAAGAAAGGAUAUGACAGAUUAGGUGAUGAUGAUGAUGAUGAUAAUACAAUUAUUGGAUCAAUCGAAACUACACAAGAUGAUAAAUCAAAUAAAAAAAAGCAAAAAAAUGGGUAUCAAAAGCUAGAAACUGAUGAAGAUAAUAAUACAGUAUUAUUCAAUGCAGAUGAUACUAAUUAA